AUGUUCAUGCACCACCCGCCAACGAUUCAGCACUUCCCACAGGCCGAAUGUCUCGCCAGUAGAACCAAUAGCACCGAAAACGUCGACGACGACGACGAAGAAGAACAAGAAGAAACCUGGUCCCCCCUCCAACUAGCAGCCUCCUCCGGCAACCUCCCACAGGUCACAACCCUCCUAUCCUCCGGCAUCAACCCAAACGCCCCACCCCAGGGCUGGUACGGCAAAACCGCCCUCCAAGCCGCCGCGCUAAAUGGCCACCUCCCCAUAAUCAACCUCCUCCUCGCCAGCGGCGCCAACGUCGACGCCCCAGGAGGCAACAACGGCGGCCGCACAGCCCUCGUCCUCGCCGCCGGCGCCACAGGAAUCCCUCCGGAGACACAAAUAGAAAUCGUCGACCGCUUGCUCGCGGCAGGUGCAGAUAUCAACCGUCCGGCGCAUAAGUAUAAUGGCCGCACGCCGCUGCAAGCAGCGUGCGAAGGUGGGAAUCUGCUCGUCGUACGGCGUCUUUUGGAUUUAGGAGCGGAUGUGCGAGCGCCUGCGGCGAGAACCGCUGGGCGGACGGCGCUGCAGGCUGCGAGCGAGCAGCAACAUAUCGAUAUCGUCGAGCUUCUCCUUCUGAAGGGGGUGAUCCUCCAUCAAGACGACUCAGGCGUUUCACACUCCAGAUCGGGCCUCACGGCGCUGCAGGCCGCGGCUUCAGUGGGAAAUAUGCUGCUGGUGGAGAGGCUGCUGGAGGCUGGGGCAGACGUCAGUGCGCCAGGUAGUAGGUAUGGGGGAUGCUCGGCGCUGGGGGCGGCGGUAGAAGGGGGUUUUGUCGAAGUGCUGAGAGUUUUGAUUCGAGCUGGGGCGAAUUUAAACCAGACGACCGGGAAUCAUAGACGGACGGCGAUUCAGGAGGCGAGGAUGAGGGGAUCUUUAGAGUCUGUGAGAAUACUUAGAGAAGCGGGCGGUUGA